CCCUGCCUCUCCCUCAAAUCAAACUUGUUUAAUUUCCUCCCCUUUGAGAAUGGCUACAGGAGGUAUUCUCGUUAGUGCUAAACCCUGCAGGUUUCUAAGUAAUGUCGAGAGACUGAUGAGCAGCCGCGCUUAUGUCACAUUCUUGGCCGGAAAUGGGGACUCCGUCAAAGGCGUGGUAGGCCUAGCCAAGGGGCUGAGGAAGGUCAAAGCGGCUUAUCCACUUGUGGUGGCGGUUUUGCCGGACGUCCCAGAAGAGCACCGCCGUGUACUGCUGAAUCAGGGCUGCGUUGUCCGUGAGAUCCAGCCGCUUUAUCCGCCUCAGAACCAAUCUCACUUCUGUAUGGCUAGCUACGUUAUCAACUACUCCAAGCUCCGUAUCUGGGAGUUUGUGCAACAUAGCAAGAUAAUAUACUUGGAAGGGGACACCCAAGUAUUUGUCAACAUUGACAGCCUCUUUGACUUGCCAGAUGGCUACUUAUAUGCAGUAAUGGACUGCUUCUGUGAAGAGAGUUGGAGUCACACACCCCAGUACAAAAUUGGGUAUUGCCAACAAUGCCCGGACAAAGUUCAAUGGACUCAAAAAUUAGGCCUUAAGCCACCACUAUACUUCAACACAGGAAUGUUUGUCUGUGAGCCUAAUCUCUCCACCUCGAAUUCCCUCUUCGAAGCUCUCAAAUCCUCCCCUUCCACCCCUUUUGCCGAGCAGGAUUUCCUGAACAUGUUCUUCAGGGAUGUGUACAUGCCAAUCCCAAAUGCCUACAACUUGGUUUUACCCAUGUUAUGGCGCCACCCGGCGAACGUUGAGCUUGGGAAAGCCAAGGUGGUUACUUACUGCGCCGCCGGGUCACGGCCGUGGAAGUACACCGGCGAAGAAGAGAACACAGACAGGGAAGAUAUCAAGAUGCUUGUUCAGAAAUGGUGGGAUAUAUAUAAUGAUGAGUCUUUGGACUACAAGAAUAAUACUGCCAAUUUUUUGUCGGUUAAUGGUGAAAAUGAAGCUACCGAAUUCAAGAUGAAGCUUGAUUUUGCUCAGCAGUACAUAACCGCUCCACCUGCGGCUUAGCUUUCUUUGCCGGUCGUACUAGGUUUCUCGCCGCCAUAUACAUGCUUGCUCUUAGUUACAUAGUAUUUUAUUUUAUGUACAGUAGUAUAUAAUAAUGUAUGGAACUGGUUAUAUAUAUUUUUGGAUUCCAGUUUAUACAACAAUGUCUAUGAGUGAUCAAUUAAAGUUUAGUUAAA